UUUGGGAAAAGAGGAAGCAGCCUCUGAGCCUGGAUCUCCUCUCUUGGGGUGGCAGAGCCCUGGGAAGCCACCAGCACCACAAGCAUCUGGCCCUCGGUCCUGUUCUUCUUCCUGUGGUUCACCAGCCUUGCAGCCCUUCCCCCUGCGGAGCAGGCACCAGAACCAGUGUGAAGCCUGCUAUGGACUCCCUGUUCCGGCUUCUCCAGCUGUUCUCAUCGAUUUCAACAGGCCUGUCCUCCUGGGGUGUCUCCAGUCCCCAGAAUGUGAAGGGCGUGAGGGGGUCCUGCCUCAUCAUCCCCUGCGUCUUCAGCUUCCCAGCUGAUGUGGAAGUGACCCGCAGCAUCACGACCAUCUGGUACUACGACUAUGCGGGCCAGCGGCAGGUGGUAAGCCACUCGGAGAACCCCGAGCUGGUGGAGGCACGCUUUCAAAACCGUGCCCAGUUCUUGGGGCGCACAGAGCACAAGAUGUGCAGCCUGCUGUUGAAGGACCUGCGACCUGAAGAUUCAGGCUCCUACAACUUCCGUUUUGAGAUCAGUGAAGGCAACCGCUGGUCAGAUGUCAAAGGCACUGUGGUCACUGUGACAGAGACACCUGAGAAGCCCUCCAUAUCCUCCCUGGCGGAGCUCCAUGAGGGCAUGGAGGCGUACUUCAACUGCUCUACUCCCUAUGCGUGCCCAGAGGAACACAUCAGCCUGCAGUGGGAAGGCCAGGACCCCGAGCGCUCGGUCACCUCCAACCUCCAGGAUCUCAGGCCCACAGGCAUCAGCCACCUGGAGACCCUCCACAUGGCCCUGUCGUGGCAGGACCACGGCCGGACCCUGCACUGCGAAGUCUCAGUGGCCAAGCAAAAGGCUCGGAGCGAGAUUCACCUCCAAGUGCAAUAUGCCCCCAGGGGUGUGGAGAUCCUUCUCAGCCCCUCAGGGCGGAACAUCCUUCCAGGUGAUGUGGUCAUACUCACCUGCCGGGUGAACAGCAGCUACCCCAAAGUUAGUUCUAUGCGCUGGAUCAAGGACGGGACACCACUCCAGGUCGAGGGUCGUAUGCUGAGGUUGUCCCAGGCAACCUGGGACGAUGCUGGUGUCUACAUUUGCCAAGCUGGGAACGGCGUGGGCUCUUCGGUCUCGCCCCCCAUCAAGGUCCACAUCUUUAUGGCUGAGGUCCAGGUGAGCCCGGCAGGCCGCAUCCUAGAGAACCAGAUGGUGACACUGACCUGCAACACGCCCCAAGCAGCCCCCAGCGAGCUGCGUUACAGCUGGUAUAAGAACCACGUCCUGCUGGAGGAUGCCCACAGCCACACGCUGCGGCUUCCCUCGGCCUCAAGGGCCGACACCGGCUUCUACGUCUGCGAGGUGCAGAAUGCCUAUGGCAGAGAGCGCUCCGGCCCCGUCAGCGUGGUGGUCAGCCACCCGCCCCUUGCCCCGGACCUAACUGCCUUCCUGGAGACACGGGAGGGGCUGGUGGGUAUCCUCCACUGCUCCGUGAUCAGCGAGCCUCUGGCCACCCUGACGGUGUCGCACAAUGGCCUCAUCCUGGCCUCCACGCCAGGGGAGGGAAACCACAGCUCACGCUUCAGUGUCUUCUCCACCCCCAACUCCCUGAACCUGGAGAUCCGAGACCUGGGGCUGGAUGACACUGGGGAGUACACGUGCUCAGCUACCAACUCCCUGGGGAAGUCAUCGUCCACCUUGAACUUCCAGGCCAAAGUGGCCCACCUCCUCAUCAGCCCCACAGCAGAGGUGGUAGAAGGCCAAGGAGUGACCCUGAGCUGCAGGAGCGGUCUGAGCCCAUCGCCUGACAUCCGCUUCUCCUGGUACCGGAAUGGAGCCCUGCUUCUCGAAGGUUCCAGCAGCAGCCUUCACCUCUCUGCGGCCUCCAGCACCGAUGCCGGCUCUUACUACUGUCAGGCCAACGAUGGCCACAGGGACAGCGGACCCUCCUCACCUGCCAUCCUCACUGUGCUCUAUGCUCCACGCCAGCCCACGUUCACUGCCCAGCUGGACCCCGAUGCUGCGGGGGUUGGGGUGAGACGUCAAGGGCUCCUCUUGUGCCGUGUGGACAGCUACCCCCCAGCCCAGCUGCGGCUGCUCCACAGGGACCAUGUCGUGGCCUCUUCCCUGCCAUUGGGCUGUGGGGGCUGUUCCCAGCGCCUAAAGGUCACCAGAGCCCCCAACCUGCUGCGUGUGGAGAUCGGUGACCCGGUGCUGGAGGAUGAGGGUGUGUACCUGUGUGAGGCCAGCAAUACCCUGGGCAACGCCUCUGCUUCCACAAACUUCGAUGCCCAGGCCACCAUCCUGGUCAUCACCCCAUCCCACACGCUGCUGGAGGGCACCGGAGCCAACCUGACCUGCAGUGUGAGCCGGGAAGCCGGCGGCCCUGCCAACUUCUCCUGGUUCCGGAAUGGGGCACUGUGGGCCCAGGGCCCCCUGGAAACCAUGACGUUGCUGCCUGUGGCCAGAACAGACGCUGGCCUCUAUGCCUGCCGCAUCCUCACCGAGGCCGGGGCCCAGCUCUCCGCCCCGGUGCUCCUGAGCGUGCUCUAUCCCCCAGACCCUCCAAAGCUGUCAGCACUCCUGGACGUGGGCCAGGGCCACGUGGCUGUGUUCGUCUGCACUGUGGACAGUCGCCCCGUGGCCCAGCUGGCCCUCUUCCACGGGGAGCACCUCCUGGCCACCAGCCUGGGGCCCUUGCUCCCGCUCCGUGGCCGCCUCCAGGUCAAAGCCACAGCCAACUCCCUGCAGUUGGAGGUCCGAGACUUGAGCCUUGGGGACUCUGGAAGCUAUCGGUGUGAGGCCACCAAUGUCCUCGGAUCCACCAAUACCUCCCUCUUCUUUCAGGUCCGAGGAGCCUGGGUCCAGGUGUCUCCAUCACCUGAGCUCCAGGAGGGCCAGGCCGUGGUCUUGAGCUGCCAGGUGCCCGCAGGGGUUCAAGAGGGGACCUCAUACCUCUGGUAUCAGGAUGGCCAGCCCCUCCCAGAGUCAAACUCAGCCACGCUCCACUUCACGGCCAUUACUCUGAGCCAAGCUGGGGCCUACCAUUGCCAAGCCCAGGCCCCAGGUUCGGCCACCACGAGCCUGGCCGCACCCAUCAGCCUCCACGUGUCCUACGCCCCUCGCCAGGCCACACUCACCACCCUGAUGGACACGGGCCCUGGACGACUGGGCCUCCUCCUGUGCCGUGUGAACAGUGACCCUCCAGCCCACCUACGACUGCUCCACGGGGACCACCUUGUGGCCUCCACCUUACAGGGUGUGGGGGAGCUGGCCAGCCACUCUCCCCGGCUGCAGGUGGCUGUCGCUCCCAACACACUACGCCUGGAGAUCCACAGAGCGGUGCUGGAGGAUGAGGGCGUCUAUACCUGCCAGGCCAACAACACACUGGGCCAGGCCUCAGCCUCUGCCCUCUUCGAUGCCCAGGCUGUGAGUGUGCAGGUGCAGCCUAGGGCCGUUGUGCAAGAGGGGCAGCUGGUGAACCUGACCUGCCUUGUGUGGACCUCGAACCUCACCCAGCUCACCUACACGUGGUACCAGGAUGGGCAGCAGCGCCCAGGUGCUCACUCCAUCCUUCUGUCCAAUGUCACAGUCACGGACGCUGCCUCCUACCGCUGUGGUGUGGUGACUCCUGGCCAGGCACCCCACCUCUCCAGACCUGUCACUCUGGAUGUCCUCUACGCUCCCCGCAGCCUGCGCCUGACCUACCUCCUGGAAAGCCGAGGCGGACGGCUGGCUCAGGUACUGUGUACCGUGGAUAGCCGUCCACCUGCCCAGCUAGCCCUCAGCCAUGCUGGCCACCUCCUGAUGUCUUCGAGCACAGCCUCUGUCCCCAACACUCUGCGCCUGGAGUUGUGGGAGCCCGGACCCAGCGAUGAGGGGCUCUACAGCUGCUCCGCCCACAGUCCUCUGGGCCAGGCCAAUACCUCCCUGGAGUUUCGUCUAGAGGGUGUGCAGGUGACCCUGGCUCCAUCUGCCGCUGUGCCUGAGGGGACCCCCGUCACAGUGUCCUGUGAAGACCCCGCUGCCCGCCCACCUGUUCUCUAUGCCUGGUACCACAACAGCCGUUGGCUGCAGGAGGGGCCAGCUGCCGCCCUCUCGAUCCCAGCGGCCACACGGGCUCAUGCGGGGGCCUACUCCUGCCAGGUCCAGGACGCCCAGGGCACCCGCAGCUCCCGGCCCACCGCCCUGCAAGUCCACUAUGCCCCCCGGGAUGUCAUCCUGUCGUCGUUUCGGGACUCCAGAGUGGGCUCCAUGGCCGUGUUGCAGUGUACUGUGGACAGUGAACCCCCUGCUGAGCUGGCCCUGUCCCGUGACGGCAAGGUGCUAGCCACCAGCCUGGGAGUCCAUGGCUUGGCAUCCGGGACAGGCCCUGUGCAGACGGCCCGAAAUGCCCUGCGACUGCAGGUGCAAGACGUACCCUCCAGUGACAAGGACACUUACAUGUGCACAGCCCACAACUUCCUGGGCUCAGUCAGCACCACAGGGCAGCUGCUGGGGGAAGGGGUGCGUGUGGUGGCCGAGCCGGGGCUGGAUGUGACUGAGGGGGCACCGCUGAACCUAAGCUGUCGCCUCUCUGGUGGUCCCGGACCCAUGGGCAACUCCACCUUCGCUUGGUUCUGGAAUGGCCAGCGACUACAUGUGGAGCCUGUGCCCACCCUUGCUUUCGCCCACGUGGCCCGUGCCCAAGCCGGGGUGUACCACUGCUGGGCUGAGCUCCCCAGUGGGGCCACCACCUCUGCUCCAGUCAUGCUCCGGGUGCUGUACCCUCCUGAGAUGCCCUCCAUGACGGUCUUUGUGGAGCCUGAGGGCGGCCUCCGGGGCAUCCUGGACUGCCGAGUGGACAGCGAGCCCCUAGCCAGUCUGAGUCUCCACCUCGGCAGGAGGCUGGUGGCCUCCAGCCAGCCUGGCGGGGCUCCGGCCGAGCCCCACAUCCGUGUCACAGCCACCGCCAAUGCCCUGAGGGUGGACAUGGAGGAGCUGAGGCCCAGCGACCAGGGGGAAUACGUGUGCUCUGCCUCCAAUGCCCUGGGCUCUGCGUCCGCUUCUACCUACUUCGGAACCAGAGCCUUGCACCGUCUGAGUCUGUUCCAGAAGCUACUCUGGGUCCUGGGGCUGCUGCUGGGCCUCCUCUUCCUGUUGUUGGGCCUGGGGGCCUUCUACGCCUGGAGGAAACAAUUUUGUAAGCUGAGCAUGGGUGAGAAUUUGGUGGAGAUGACUCCUCAGAAGCAGACCAUGCAGGAGGAGGAGGUCACCAGAAACUGUGACGACCUGGGCCUCGUGAACAAGGCAGCACUGAGUCCUGACUCCCUCUGUGAAAACAACUCUACAGCAUCUGACUUUCUAUGACCCGGAUCCAAAUCUCUUGCCAAGAAAAAUGGGCACAGAGAAAGAGGUGAACCUUAAUCUACCCAGGAGGGUGCUGGCCCUGGGGGACUCUGAGGAUAAACGAGUGCCCAUGUUGUCUACUUGUCUUUUCCUUUUCUCUGGAUCACAUCUCUCCCUUUAUCUUCCAAUGGACGGCCCCUCACAUCUUUUCCCUCCAAGCCCACCCUGGACUUUUUGGCUGGAUUAGAAAAGAUGAGGAGCUUCCUACAUCCUCCCAGGCCGACCAGAGCACUCCACAGGAGCUGGACUAGAAGUUAGGCUGCACUAACAAGAGACCAAAUACAUUACCUUCAGCAUGAGGACAUGUUACUUCUCUCUCCCAUACUAAUCUGGAUAUGCUAUGGUAGUUUAAGAUGUCAGAAUUUGGGAUCAUUCUAUCUUCUUUUUCUCCAUCCCCGAAAUGGUACCUUUGACUGUGAGGUUCAUGGUGGCCCCACUGUGUUGCCAUUCCCUCCAGCAAGAAGAGGAGUUUGAAGGCACAACCAUUCCCAUUGUGGACAGAAGUUGCAGGUCAUUUUCACUCACUCUCCAUUGGCUGGAGUUGAGUCAAGCAGCCACCUCAAGCUGCAAGAGAUUCUGAGAAAUAUAGUUUUAGUUCUGUUUCCAAAGGACUCCCCAACCAUGGACUCAUCCCCGAGACUUCUGACAUUGGUGAGAAUGCUGCCGGCAGGCCACGUUUGCAGUGCCCGUCUACUGAAGGCCAGGAGAUGUCCCUGGUCAUUCUGUUCAUGGGCUUCCCAGAAGAGGGAGUCCCUCUCACACAUUUAGACUGAGGAAAUUAAGAUGGUUUGGUGUUCCCUAGGGAAAAGGCAUGCCAGGCAAUGGGGUUGCCUGAGCAUGCAUUUUAUCAUGCCCUUGGAAAAACAGGGGCCCCCAUUCCUACCCCAGUGAGUGUGGAGAGCAUCCUUAUUUCUGCUCCAGGUACCUCCUUCUCUGUGAUCAAGUGGGCUCACUCGGUCUUCCUGGGGGCUUCUGUGCCAGGGGCUGUUAAGCAGAAUGAGGGUCACAAAGAAGGAAUAACUUGCUCCCAGGAAGUCAGUGCCUGAGAGGGGCCGGUUCUUAGGUGGACUAGUGUCUCCCCUCACAGCCUGGUGGCAGAUGGUAGGAGACGCAAAGACCCUGCCUGGGAUUUGGGUUGAGAAACUGGGAGAGUAGUGGUGAGAUGUCCUAGGGGCUAACAGGUUGGAAAGAAAUUGGAGGCUGAGUAAGCUCCAUGGAACCGUGGCCCGAAGCUUCCUGGUCCCAGGUCCCAUUCCUUGCAGUGCCUGAUUGCCAGACUCUUCCUGGGGGAGCCUGUCUGGCAUGUCCUCCCAAUAAACACCCAUCCUGUGACGUUA